ACAUCGACAGGACAAACUCCCCAAACAAUGAAAGGUGUUUGAUGGGAGUUCGGCGGACGGACCCGGCGGUCCACACGUCACAGGGACACAUGACGCGGAUGAUCGGGUCGGAACAAAGUGCACACAGGAAGUCGCUUGUGCACAACUUCACUUCUCCGACCGACACCAUGCGGCGCGGCCCCGGACGAGUCCCGCGUGGGUUGCGCGUCUCGCCGCUGGUGUUUUGGUGCGUGGCGCUGUGUGGCGCACCUGCCGCGUCACACCCGCAGUGUUUGGACUUCAAGCCGCCGUUCCGACCGCUGAGGGAGCUCGAGUUCUGCGUCAUGUACAAGGAGUUCGGCUGCUGUGACUACCAGAGGGACCAGGAGCUGAUGGCAAACUACUACCACGUUAUGGGGGGUUCGGAUUAUUCUGGAUACGUCCGAUGUGCUGGGUUCGUCCUGGAGCUGCUGUGCCAGCAAUGCUCUCCAUAUGCAGCUCACCUCUUUGAUGCUGAGGACCCAAACACCCCAGUCAGGACCAUCCCUGGCCUCUGUCCCGACUACUGCUCCGAGUUUUGGAAGAAGUGCAGCUCUACCAUCCCUUUAUUGUCUAACGACACACUCAUAGCAAAACUCAAAGAAGACCAGACACGUCUCUGCCAGUAUCUGAAACUCGAUGAUGAUGACUACUGCUACCCUCACCUCCUGAGCAACCAGAAGCUCACUCAGAAUCUGGGUACGGUUCAGUCAGACUCUGAGGGCUGUCUGCAGCUGUGCCUGGAAGAAGUUGCAAACGGGCUUCGGAACCCGCUUGCAAUGGUGCAUGCCAAUGAUGGCACACAUCGGUUCUUUGUGGCAGAACAGGUAGGCUUGGUGUGGACAUACCUUUCUGAGCGGUCGAAACUGGACAUACCAUUUUUGAACAUUACCAAGACUGUGUUAACGUCAUCAUGGGAAGGUGAUGAGAGAGGCUUUCUGGGACUUACCUUUCACCCAAAGUACAAAUACAAUGGGAAGCUCUAUGUGUACUACUCGGUGGAGGUGGGCUUUGAUGAGAGGAUCCGAAUCAGUGAGUUCCAUGUGUCAGCCAAUGACAUGAAUGUGGUGGAUCAUGCUUCUGAGCGGGUUAUUCUGGAGAUCGAUGAACCAGCAUCCAACCACAAUGGAGGGCAACUUUUGUUUGCAGAUGAUGGCUACUUGUAUGUUUUCACAGGCGAUGGUGGAAUGGCAGGAGAUCCGUUUGGAAAAUAUGGAAAUGCCCAAAACAAGUCAUCUCUGUUGGGUAAAGUUCUUCGCAUUGAUGUGGAUGACAAUGAAAGAGGCCCAUUGUACAGAAUUCCUCCAAAUAACCCCUUCAUACACGAGCGGGGGGCACGCCCUGAGAUUUAUGCUUACGGUGUUCGCAAUAUGUGGAGGUGUUCUGUGGAUCGGGGUGAUCCACAGACCAAAGAGGGCAAAGGACGUAUCUUCUGUGGCGAUGUUGGCCAAAACAAGUUUGAAGAGAUUGACAUCAUUGAGAAAGGUCGAAACUACGGAUGGAGAGCCAAGGAGGGAUUCUCUUGCUACGACAAGAAGCUGUGUGCCAACAGCUCGCUAGACGAUGUACUUCCUAUUUACGCGUACCCUCACAAGAUGGGCAAGUCCGUGACUGGCGGCUAUGUGUACCGAGGCUGUGAAUACCCCAACCUGAACGGCAUGUACAUAUUUGGAGACUUCAUGAGCGGGCGUUUGAUGAGUCUGCGGGAGGACAGAAACACGGGGCGAUGGAAAUACAAUGAGAUAUGUAUGGGGAUGGGCUUGACCUGUGCCUUCCCCGCCCUCAUCAACAACUACCACCAGUACAUCAUCUCCUUUGCAGAGGAUGAAGCAGGCGAGCUUUACUUCAUGUCGACUAGAAUACCGAGUGCCACAUCACCUUCAGGUGUCAUUUAUAAAGUGGUGGACCCCUCCAGACGAGCUUCCCCAAGACAAUGUCACCAUGAUUCUCUUCCUGUCAGAGUGAAAAGUAACCUCAUCAAGUUUGUUCCCGAGGAAACAUUAAUUGGCAUUGAGCCAGCAAAAACAAUCCAGCCUGAGCCACAACCCUCAGAGCCCCUUGACAUUGACCCUCUAGAAGGACCAGAGCUGACCACCCUGUCACCCGCCCCAACCACCACCAAAUCAACAAGACAUUCGAGGCGGAAGGGCAGACGCAAGCAGGGCCAAAGCAGAAGCCCGAGUAGACCCGGGCUCCAGAAUGGAGCAGUGAGGCUGGUUGGGGAUGAACAGGGCCGCAGCGACCGUGGACGGGUGGAGAUUUAUGUUAACAGGGACUGGGGCACCGUGUGUGACGACCUGUGGACCACCAAAGAUGCUGCAGUGGUAUGCCGGCAGCUGGGCUUCAGGUACGCUCUGAAGGCGGCAAAGAACUCUGAGUUCGGGGAGGGGAAGGAUCUGCAGAUUCUACUGGACGAUGUUCAGUGUGAAGGCACAGAGUCCAACCUGCUGGACUGCAAACAUGCCGGCGUGGGGACACAUAACUGUGCCCAUUAUGAAGAUGCUGGUGUAAUCUGCGGCAAUUCACACUACGUUGAAAUUUAAAUUAAAUCUGGACCAAUUAUCAGCACAACAUUGCUACUUUGCAGAGUAAUAUUCCCAGCAGCUCCAAUUAAUUGCUUUUUAUUUCAUCACAAUUGAAAAAUAAGGUGGACAUCUUUGAACCAGGGCCUGACUGGUGAAUGCAAACUGUACAGUGGUUAUUCAUCAGAGAGCUUAAACUUUUUAAUUCAGUUUUAAAACAGUUUAAUUCAGAGGUUUGCAUUGAAAGUCUUUUCUUUUUACGUUAAGUGUAACCGUUUUGUUUCCUGGUGAACGUUCAAUGCCCACUGAAUGGAUGUAUAGGUGCAUUAUCAUGUUAUGCUCUUAGUAAAUCCUUUUAAUAAUCA